AUGUGCAAAGGACUUGCAGCCUUGCCCCACUCAUGCCUGGAAAGGGCCAAGGAGAUUAAGAUCAAGUUGGGAAUUCUCCUCCAGAAGCCAGAAUCUGCCAUUGACCUUGUCAUUCCAUACAAUGAGAAGCCGGAGAAGCCAGCCAAGACCCAUAAACCCUCGUUGGACGAGGCCCUGCAGUGGCGUGAUUCCCUGGACAAGCUCCUGCAGAACAAUUAUGGACUUGCCAGCUUCAAAAAUUUCCUGAAGUCUGAAUUCAGUGAGGAGAAUCUUGAGUUUUGGAUGGCCUGUGAAGAUUACAAGAAGAUCAAGUCCCCUGUCAAGAUGGCUGAGAUGGCAAAGAAAAUUUAUGAAGAAUUCAUCCAAGCGGAGGCUCCUAAAGAGGUGAAUAUUGAUCACUUCACAAAGGAAAUCACCGUGAAGAACUUGGUGGAACCUUCCACAAGUAGCUUUGAUGUGGCCCAGAAGAGAGUCCAUGCUCUGAUGGAGAAGGAUUCUCUGCCUCGCUUUGUGCGCUCUGAAUUCUACCAGGAGUUCAUCAAGUAG